AUGCCGGCAUCACCGAUGAUGUCGGCCGACGACGGGUCGCUCACCGGAGCGGCCCAAGCCCCCCUCCCUCCUGACAACGGCGCGCACGGUGGCCACCCUCCGUCAAGCGUCUAUUCUUGGUGGGGUCCAGAUGAGUCCAGUUGGCUCCUUCUCGCGGAUCCCAACGAUAUCUCUCUGGACCCCACCGAGCAAUUGAAGCGGCAAGACUUCCUCCUGGAGUAUGGGCACUACGCGGGCCGGGUUUGGGACUGCCUGGUGAAGGCGUCCGUUGCGCUACGGCUUCAGAUCACGUUGAGCGUCGUCCAGUUCCGUGACAAGCUUACCCAAGAAUUCAAUGAUUCUUCCAGCGGACGGCAAUAUUGGAUCCGCCUUCUCGAAAGAUGCGUCGAGUAUCUCAGAGAGCAGGGCCUGGAUAUCGACCUUGACAUGGCGAAGCUGGCAAUUCUGGUCUAUAGCAAGCGGGACCUCCUUUGUCGCGCUAGGAUAGGGGAUGUACCUGCCUCGACCUCUGCCGCGCUGAGGAGAGAAAUCGAGCAGGCCAACAACCACCUCCCCGAGGUCCUGUCAAGGGAUCAGUCCCGCAGCUAUAGUACCCGGCAACGGAUUCGGGCCUUCUACGGCAGUCCCCAAGACAUGAAAUACUCCAGACUUGGCGCUGAGUCUGCCCUUAACCGUGUUUUCGCCGAUCGCGUUGACGCGGCUUUCCAGACAAUCAACGAGCGGAUCCCGGUCACCUUUCGUCCUAUUCGUUGUCAAACGCGGACGAAGCGUAGUGUGUCGGAUCCGCUCGAAUACGAACGUAUCGAUGGAAAGCCUGCCGACGCGCCAUCCUCCACCGUGGCCUUUGGAAACGUGGAGGAUGCCUGCAUAUAUCAAGAUAUGUGCAGGGAUCUCGAUUACACGCUCGGCAAAAACCGGGGAAUGGGCCGCAAGGCUCUCCAGGAGAUCGCUUGUGAGCUGUCGGAGAAGAGGUCGACGGCGAAGAAUCAAAUACUGCGAGUGUUUCAGAGCUCAGUCUACACUUAUUGUAGAAACUUCGUGAACUUGGUAGUCGUCAUUACACCAAGCUAUUACUCCAGUUCAGGCGAGGUAUGGGAACCACACGAUGCAUACGGGCCGCCUAGCAGCUGCACCAACAUCGCUGCAACGAAUGCUCGAACCAUUUCAUCGGGACAAAUGCCUCGACCUAUUCACAACCCCUUAAGCCUACCUGUCCUCUACCCGGGCGCGUACCAAUGA